AUGAAGGUCCAUCUAGCACAAUAAAUGUAAUCCCAAUUUUUUUCUGUAAGUUCCUGUUUGCCAAUUAAUAAAAUUUAGCAAACCAUGUUGUACGUCUAAUCCCCUAUGGAGGAGGUAAAGAGAUAUUCAUGUCUAAUUUUUAAAGCAUGGGAGGAUUUUAUUGGAAUUUUCAAACCAUCCUUGAACUAAAUUUUGAAGAGAGUUUCAUGAAUGAAAACCAUAGGGGAUAAUUUCUCUAAACUACAUAUGGAGUAUUAGAUGUCAGAAUUCCAUAUAAAUUUCUUUUAUUUUGUCUGUAAAGUCUUGAAAGUACUCCUUUUGUAUUUAAAUCUUUAAUUAAUAUUAUUCUAGAACUUUUUAUGACGUCAUGUAAGACGACGUCGUCAGCUAUUAUUUAAGAAUAAUAAUCUUGUGAUAUAGUCACUCUAAGCUUUUGUCAAACAUAUUAGAAGAAAAAGUGGCUGUGA